AAACAAAAAAAAAAAAAAAGAAAAAGAAAAAAGCAAUGGCGGUUGCUGUUGGUGGAGCAGUAACAGUAACCACAACCGGCGCACGUUUACUGUCACUCCCGCGCACGUUAUCUGCUAUCAAGACUUCAUCAUUUGUGGCAACGUUGUCAUCCUCUAAGUUGGGUUUUUGUCCAGUAGGGAUAAGGAACAAUGAACCCGCAAGAAAGAAGCUGUUGGUUAUCCGAGCUGCAAGAACUGGGUCCAAAGGCGUUUCCCUUGGUUUCAGGGCUCCCAAUUUCCAGUUGCCAGAGCCUCUAACUGGGAAGACUUGGACUUUGGAAGAUUUUGAGUCAUACCCUGCUUUGUUGGUUAUGUUUAUUUGCAACCACUGCCCAUUUGUUAAGCACUUGAAGAAGGAUAUUGUGAAGCUUUCAAAUUUCUAUAUGAAGAAAGGGCUCGCUGUUGUUGCAAUAUCUUCAAAUUCUGUAGUCACUCACCCUCAGGAUGGACCACAAUUCAUGGCAAAAGAGGCUAAACUGUAUAAUUAUCCUUUCCCUUAUCUAUAUGAUGAGACUCAAGAUGUUGCAAGAGAUUUUGGGGCAGUUUGUACACCAGAGUUUUUUCUAUUUAACAAGGAUGGCAGGAGGCCAUUUGAGCUGGUAUAUCACGGCCAAUUUGAUGAUUCCCGACCAAGUAAUAGUGUUCCUGUUAAUGGAAGGGACUUAAGCCUUGCUAUUGAUAGUGUUCUUAGUGGCCAACCAAUAACAUCAAUUCAGAAACCAAGUGUUGGAUGCAGCAUAAAGUGGCACCCACAAAAAAGUUCGUAGUCUGCAACAAAUAUUUUCAGUUAUCUGAAGAACAUAAUUUGUGAGUGUACAUUUGUUCAGAGGAGAGGCAUUCCUUUUUAGUGCUAAUAGAUAAUAUCGGAAUGUAACUUAUUUUCUAGUAAUAAAUGUUCCAUAAACCAACUGGGUCCUUUCGAUUUCUGGAAGCAUGGUGCAUAUGGGAAGAUUUAACAUGUGAUUUUGAUCUGGCUUUUGAUUUGCUAUAUAUGAAUUGUUUGCAUAUGCACAGAAAGGUCUUUCAAAAGU